UUAUUAGUCUGUUUAGACGUUCAGAUUAGUAUUACCUGCGUUGUAAAGCGGGCCACAAAUCAUUUAAUGAAAAACCUAGCAAACAAAAUAACAAUAAAGUGUACUCACUCAUAAUGAAUUUGUUAACUCGCUCCAGCCUGAUGAUGACGAUGAUAUCGCAACUGUUGAUCGUUGCGUGCAGUUUGCUGCUCAGCCCCAUUGCAGCCAAUCCUGUGCUUGUGCCCAAAGCUGCUGUGGCCACGGAACUCAUCAUUCUGCACAACAAUGACAUGCACGCCAGGUUCGAGCAGACCAAUGUCAAUGGUGGCACUUGCAGUGCAGAGGAUGCCAACACCGACAAGUGCUACGGUGGCUUUGCACGCGUUGCCCACGAAGUGCGCACGUACCGCGAGGAGGCUAAGAAUGGAGGAACUCCUGUGCUUUACUUGAAUGCGGGUGACACUUACACAGGCACCGCUUGGUUUACUGUCUUCAAGGACAACAUCACUAGCGCUUUUCUCAACAAACUACAGCCUGAUGCCAUCUCACUUGGCAACCACGAGUUCGAUAAGAACGUCGAGGGUCUGAUACCAUUCCUCAACGCUGUGGAAUUCCCAGUUUUGGCUUGCAAUUUGGAUUUGUCCAAAGAGCCCGAUUUGGCUGCCACCAACAAGCUGUCAAACUCCACUGUUCUUGAAGUGAACGGGACGAAGAUUGGCGUCAUUGGUUAUCUCACACCAGACACCAAAGAUCUCUCUUUCCAAAACGAUGUGGAAUACGCCGAAGAAAUUGUCUCCAUCAAUGCCGAGGCAACAAGGCUGAAGGCACAGGGCAUCAAUAUUAUCAUUGCUCUGGGACACUCGGGUUACCAGAAGGAUCAGGAGAUCGCCAGAGAUUGUCCCGAUGUCGAUAUUGUGAUCGGUGGACAUUCACACACAUUCCUCGACUCGAGUCAACCCGUUGCCGAUAAGGAUGACACCAAUGCUGAGGCUGUUCGUGGUCCUUAUCCCACCACGGUGACCCAGUCAAGUGGCAAGAAGGUGCCUGUGGUGCAGGCUUAUGCUUACACCAAGUAUUUGGGCAAAAUUCAUGUGCAGUUCGAUGCUGAAGGAAAUUUACUCGAGUUCGAUGGAGCCCCAAUUCUGCUGAAUGCUUCUAUUUCCCAAGAGCAAGAUCUGCUUGAUUUGUUGGAUGUGUAUCGUCCCAAUAUCACACAUUUGGAGCAGACAAUUGUUGGAUACACCAAGGUGACGCUUGAGGGUGGCAACAUAUGUCGUCUGAGGGAGUGUAAUCUGGGUAAUCUGGUUGCCGAUUCGAUGGUGCAUACACGCGUAUUGGAAGAUAAGGCUGGCGAUUACUGGACGGACGCUUCCAUUGCCUUGAUACAGGGCGGCGGCAUUCGCGCGACGAUUGAUAAGAAUGGCAAUGGUUCCAUCACAGGUAGCGAUGUUCUCACAGUGUUGCCAUUUGAGAACAAUCUUUAUAUCACACGCAUCUCGGGCGCAACACUGAGGAGUGCGCUGGAACGUUCGGCAAGCAUUCGCAACCAGGAUUCGAAUGGUGGAUUCUUGCAGUUUGCUGGCCUCAUCAUUGAGUAUGACUACGACAUGGAGGAAGGACAUCGUGUGGUCUCCGCUCUGGUGCGAUGUGCUGAGUGCGCCGUGCCCACCUACAGUCCCCUCAAUGAGACCGCUCUCUACAAGGUGAUCGUGAAUGAAUUCAUUCUCAAUGGCGGCGAUGGCUACAAUCUGACCGAACCCAUUGAUCCCUACACUGAGUUGCUCGUGAAGAACGAUCAGUUUGCCUUGGGACAGUAUUUGGAGGCACGGCACUAUGUUUAUCCUGCCAACGAGGGACGCAUCGUCAUCCGCGGGCCAACAGAUGGCGCCACCAGUAUUCUAGCCUCAUUUGGCUUGAUAGUGGCCACAACUUUGUUGUCGCGUUUGUUUAAUUAGUCGUAAAGUGUGUGUGAGUGGUGUGUGCAAAGGUUUCGCUUCCUGCAGCUCAAGUGCAAAUUUAUACAACUGUAUACGAUAGCUGUGAAUUUAUAAAGUUAACUACAAUGCAAAAUGUGUAUUCUACAAUAAAUGUCUGCCUUAUUUUCGUGAUAAAUCUA